AUGCGAUUAGCAUUAAAAAAAUUAAAACGAUAUCAACAAACAGUUCAUCAAUUUGGUAUUUAUUAUUAUGCUAAAAUGAUAAAAUUAAUGCGACCAGCUAAUUCACACAUGAAUGAAUCUACAAAAGAGUUUUUAAAACAAGUUAAAAUUGCUGAUAAUGUUGAUAUAAUAACAGAUAUUUCUUUCUCAUAUUCAACAACAACAACAACGAAUCCAGCAUCAACCAAUGAUUUUAAAGGUUAUUUUCGAGAUUACAAUGAUGAUGAUUAUUAUUAUUGUAAAAGUCAUUAUUCAUAUAAUGAUACUGAUCCACAACGUUAUUUGAAUAGAAUUUCUAAAUCAUCUUCCUAUAAUUUAUAUGAACAAAAUCAAGCUCUAACUCAUUUCAUUAUGGCUGAAGGAAGUGAUAUUCAUCAUGAAAGUCGAGCCAAAUGGCCGAUUAGUGCGGAUGAGUAUGAACUUGAAGAAAUGAUUGGUCGAGGUGCUACAGCUACUGUUCAAGCUGCAACAGUAAAAAAAACCAAAGAACGUGUUGCAGUUAAACGUAUUAAUCUUGAUCGAUGUAAUACAUCCCUUGAAGAGCUUUUAAAAGAAAUACAAGUAAUGAGUCAAUGCCAACAUGAAAAUGUUGUACGAUUUUAUACAUCAUUUGUUGUUGGAGAAGAAUUAUGGCUCAUUAUGAAAUUAUUAGAUGGAGGUUCAUUACUUGAUGUUAUACGUUAUACAAUGCAACGUGGUAAUUGUCGUAAUGGUGUUCUUGAUGAAGUUGCAAUUGCAACUGUUUUACGAGAAGUUAUUAAAGGUUUAGAAUAUUUUCAUACAAAUGGACACAUACAUAGAGAUAUUAAAGCUGGUAAUAUUUUAUUGGGUACAGAUGGAAGUGUUCAAAUUGCUGAUUUUGGUGUUAGUGCUUUUAUUGCAUCAGGUGGAGAUAUGACACGAGAUAAACAACGACAUACAUUUGUUGGUACACCUUGUUGGAUGGCACCUGAAGUUAUGGAACAACAACCAACGGGUUAUGAUACUAAAGCGGAUAUAUGGUCAUUUGGUAUAUUAGCAAUUGAAUUAGCAACGGGUACAGCUCCUUAUCAUAAAUAUCCUCCAAUGAAAGUUUUAAUAAUGACUUUGCAAAACGAACCGCCAACAUUAGAUAUAUGUGCAGAAGAUCGUGAUCAAUAUAAACAAUAUAGCAAAACCUUCAGGAAGUUGAUUGAGCAAUGUUUACAAAAAAAUCCUGCUGAUCGUCCAACAGCUAAACAAUUAUUAAAACAUGAUUUUUUUAAAAAAGCUAAAGAUCGUUCAUAUAUAGCAAAAUAUUUAGCAUUGAAAUUUCAGGAUAGAAAAAAAAUGGAAGAAAAAACAGUUAAUCGACGUAAACCAACAUCUGUACGUGCUGUACGUGUUAGUGAUAGUGGAGAAUGGACAUUUAGUAGUGGUUCAGAUGGUGAAAAUGCAAGUGGAAAUGAAACAACAGUAAAUGAUGAUUUAGCAAAUAAAAUAAAACAAUUAGAAAAUCAAACAGUUAAAAAUAUUGGAGAUUUAAUUGAAAAAAAUGAAUCUUUAGCAAAAUCGAAUCUAUCAUCGAAUGAAGGAACAUCACAAACGGCUUCAGAUGAUAUUACUACUGCAGUCAAAGAACUAUCGACUGAUGAUAAUCAAGUUCUCAAAUUUACUCUAAGAAUACGAAAUGCACAAGGAGAUCUACAUGAUAUUAAAUUUGAAUUUAACAAAGCAACUGAAACUGUACCAGAUGUCGUUUCAGAAAUGGUAUCAGCUAAUUUAAUUGAUGAACGUGAUGCACAACCUGUUACUUCUACAAUGACGAAACUCGUAGAAAAUCCAUCACUUAGCACUGCAACAUUUGCUCUAAAAUCGUAUGUCGAUCCCAGCCAACCAUCUGACGAUAAGUUACUUAUUGGCUUUGCUCAACUUUCAUUGAACACUUGA